AUGCGAGUUCUCGCCUUACUAGCCUUGCUGGCCGGCUCUGCGUGGCAGCUCGCCCGCGGCCAGGCCGACGAUGCGUGCCAGGCGUCGGACCGCACGUACAGCACCGAGACGGUUCCGGCGGCUAGUUACCAGCCGUACGAGCAGCUGAACCCGGUGGUGGGCGGGAUGAGCACCAAGUUCUACGUCACGGUAGUCAAUCUGACACCGCACCGGUUCCACCUGGACUCAACACACGCGUACCAGAUGAACACAUUUGACUUUGGAGACGUGCCGCAGGGCCGCGCGAGGCAAAACGCCAUCCAGUACCGCGGCACCAUCGACACGGGGGACGAUGCGGGCGAGGCGUAUUAUAUAGUCGACGGCACGAGCAAGACGUUUGCGCUGCGGAUCAAGUCGUACACGUCGGGCGACCGGAGGCGAGUGAUGUUGGACCUCAGCGGCAUGGAGCUCGGGCAGCGCGAGUAUGUCUUCCCCGGCGGCGAGACGGCUGUGUCGUUGGUUAUCACUGGGAGCGACAAGUACGGGUUCCAGGCGUCGCUGCGGCACGGCACGGGCGGUUGGAUGCAUGAGCUGUACGACGUGAUCCGGGACCGGCCCCUGCGACACCUUAUCGUGCCGGGCUCGCACGACGCCGGUAUGAGUACCAUCUCGGACGAGAUCACCAGCAUCGGCAGCGCGGCCAACACGCAGACCCAAGGGGUCAACAUCUACGACCAGCUCCGCGCGGGGUCCCGGUGGUUCGACCUGCGCAUCGCCUCCGUGCACGAAAACGGCGAUGCUGCGACCGUCAGGGGCUUCUGGGCCUUGCACGUCAACGACGAGACGGCGUCGCUGUCCAUCGGCAACACGGGCGAGAGCCUGGAUGACAUCAUUGCCCAAAUCAACCAGUUCACGGCCGAGAACCCGGGCGAGGUCAUCUUCCUGCCUCUGCGCUACCUCGUUGGCCGCUACCAGUUCCCCGACAACGGACCCAUCUACUGGGACGCUGGCCUUACCAACACUUUCUUUGCCAAGCUCCGCGGCCUCAACAACCGCUGCGCCAACCUCGAUACUUCCGGGGGGUUCCAAAACCAGCCCGCCUCCUACUUCCUCGACCGCAACGACGGCCACGGCUGCGUGCUCCCCUUGCUCAACACCCAACACUUGGACGCCUCGGCCGGCGUGCCCCACGACGCUCCCGGCGACGGCAUCUACGACCUCGGCCUCGCCUUUCCGACGCUAGUCGACCACUGGUCCAACAUGAUGCAGGCCAGCGACAUGGCGCCAGACCAGAUCGCCACUUGGCGCUCAGGCACCGGCACGCGCGGCGCGGACGGGAGCUCAUCGGACUCGUCCAAUUUCCUCAUCGCCCAGUGGCUCGUUACCCCGGACGCCCUCGCCUCGACCGCGUAUACGCUGCAGAACUUUGCGCUGGAGCCCACGAAUCCGUCGCUGUAUUCGGCCGGUGUCAAUGGGAUUGACCCGGAGCACUGGCCGAAUGUGGUCCUGCUGGAUUAUAUCGGUGUGCAAAAGCAGGACCAGUGGGCGUGGGAUUCCCUCAGCGCGGAGGCGUACACCUUGGCGAUUGGGCUGAACCUGUACAUGGCGAGUGAAAACUGCGGCGUGGCAACGCACCGGUCGCCUUUGUUGCGGACUGCUUCACUGCUCACAGCCGAAAACCGGAGGAUCAACAGGACAGGUGUCUAUGGUGAACAAGCGAAGAAGAAGAAACAGUGGAACGGCAUCAUCUUUGCGAAUGGCACGGUGCUGGAUCACCCGCCGGCAGCCCUGCAUCCGGGGAAGGUCGAUAUGUUGAGGGCGGGAACGGUGCUGGGGAAUGGGACAGUGUUGACGGAGAGUGUGCCGAAUCCGUGGGUGUAG